AUGGAGACCAGCCCCAGUCCUUUCAUUCCUUCUGGUCAGCCGCGGUCCAAGUCCUUCUCUUUGCCAAAGUCUGGCGGCCAGACGCUGGGGGGCCCACUGUUGGGCUGGAGGAGGGUGCGGGCCGGGAGAGACCGGACGCAGCACCGGGGCGGGACGCUGGGGCUGGGGAGCGGACCCGUCCACCUGUGCGGGCGGGUGCGCUGGACCCUCCACCCACACGUCCAUUGGGCGGUGCCGCCAUCACUCUCGCCUCAGCAACACCGCCUUCCCCGCGGCCCAGCCCGGGUCCCCUCCCCCGCCACUCUCCGCCCCGCCCCGCCCCGUCCUGGGAGCCUUUCAUUGGGCGGAGGCACUGUCGAUCCUCCUUGAGUGAGGGAGACGAUUGGACGCGAGGCCUUCGGGACGCCUCCAGCCUAUUUGGAUUGGUUUGUUGCGCGCUGGCGCAACGGAAGAGGCGGCCGGCGGAGGGUGCGCUUCUGCUUGGGUUGGACUGCCGCGGAGGAGGCGACCAGGGACCCGGCGCUGGGGGGCUGGCUCGGGCGGCAGCGGUGGCUGCUGCGGAUGGGAGCGGGCCGGCUCGGCGUGCCCAUGGAACGCCACGGUAGAGCGGCCGACACCUCCGCCUCUUCGGCAGGGGAGCCGGCGCCCGAAGGGCCUGAUGGGCGGCGGCGGGAGCUGCUGCGGCGCCGGGCAAGCAGCGCCUCGGAGCCCCCAGUCGGGGCCUCGGCUUCGGCGGAGGGCGUCAGACGAAGCCGGCCAGGCUCCUACAGCGGCGCCCCCUCGGUCUCCCGCCAGCGCGUCGAAAGCCUUAGGAAGAAGCGGCAGCUUUUUCCAUGGUUUGGCUUGGAUAUUGGUGGAACCUUGGUCAAGUUGGUUUAUUUUGAACCCAAAGACAUCACUGCUGAAGAAGAAGAGGAAGAGGUGGAAAGUCUUAAAAGCAUUCGGAAGUACCUGACCUCCAACGUGGCAUAUGGGUCCACAGGUAUUCGGGACGUGCACCUGGAGCUGAAGGACCUGACUCUGUGUGGACGCAAGGGCAAUCUGCACUUCAUACGCUUUCCCACUCACGACAUGCCUGCUUUCAUUCAGAUGGGCAGAGAUAAAAACUUCUCGAGUCUCCACACUGUCUUUUGUGCCACUGGAGGUGGAGCAUACAAAUUUGAGAAGGAUUUUCUCACAAUAGGUGACCUUCAGCUUUGCAAACUUGAUGAACUAGAUUGCUUAGUAAAAGGAAUUUUAUACAUUGACUCAGUUGGAUUCAAUGGACGGUCACAGUGCUAUUACUUUGAAAACCCCGCCGAUGCUGAAAAAUGUCAGAAGUUACCGUUUGAUUUGAAAAAUCCAUACCCUCUGCUUCUGGUGAACAUUGGCUCUGGGGUUAGCAUUUUAGCAGUAUAUUCCAAAGAUAAUUACAAGCGGGUCACGGGUACCAGUCUUGGAGGAGGAACUUUUUUUGGUCUCUGCUGUCUUCUUACUGGCUGUACCACUUUUGAAGAAGCUCUUGAAAUGGCAUCUCGUGGAGAUAGCACCAAAGUGGAUAAACUAGUUCGAGACAUUUAUGGAGGGGACUAUGAGAGGUUUGGACUGCCGGGCUGGGCUGUGGCAUCAAGCUUUGGAAACAUGAUGAGCAAGGAGAAGCGAGAGGCAGUCAGUAAAGAGGACCUCGCCAGAGCGACGUUGAUCACCAUCACCAACAACAUUGGCUCAAUAGCAAGAAUGUGUGCCCUUAAUGAAAACAUUAACCAGGUGGUAUUUGUUGGAAAUUUCUUGAGAAUUAAUACGAUCGCCAUGCGACUUUUGGCAUAUGCUUUGGAUUAUUGGUCCAAGGGGCAGUUGAAAGCACUUUUUUCGGAACACGAGGGUUAUUUUGGAGCCGUUGGAGCACUUCUUGAGCUGUUGAAGAUCCCCUGAUCAUUACCUGGGGAGGGGUUCCUGGAACAUUCCACAAUGGGAUCUGUGAACUUUUGUUUUUUAAGAGACUUACUCAAUUUUAUGAUUGUGUACUACCCGAAUCAAAGCAAGAAAGGACAAAUGUAUUUUUCUAAGUCAUCAAGAUAAAUCCUUAAAAAUCCAGUCUAAACUAGUAACCAGUAAGGAAAGAUACAUACAUAAAAAUGUGGACCAUGUCCAUGGCAGUGAGGGUCUGCUGUGUUGAAGUUGCUCUUCAGUAUAGCUUUGUUACACCUGCCAUGUAUUUUUGAAAUUCAGUGUCACUGGAGCCACUUCAGGGGAGAGCUGUUCGGUGUUCAGCUGUGAUUUUGUGUCUUGUUGCACUUUCUAGAUGUAAGGCAGGCACUGUAUGUUGUAAUCUAAUCACAGUGUUGUCAGUAUGGCCUCGGAGAUCAUCAUCUGUGCAUUAACUCUGGUGUGCAUUUAGCUUUUUGUGUGAACAUAAUUUCAACAUGUUUUAUUUCAAGGAUCUGCAAAUUUGAUUGGGCAGAGUAAUUCUGUAUUUGUAACUCUGGCUGGCAAUUAAGCAAUUUCUGGAAGGGCAGUUAUGGUUACUCUACACUGCAAGUCCUGAGAAGGUCUGUUUGGAAAGAUGGGGCUUAGUCUACCCUGGGCAGAAUUUCCUGGGGGGCAGGGGUGGGUGGGAGAUAAUUUUGUCUGAAGCGAGUUAAGCUAGUAGGAAAAACACCACCAUCCGGAAGACUAAAAACCAGACAAAGUGGGCCUCUCGAAUUGACAUCUUUUCAGGGAAUCGGGAGAAUCUGGUGGUUUUGGACUGUAGAAAGUGAGAAAUUGAAGUCCAUUGAUUAGCUCAUAGGAAGCAGGGUGUGGUACUUCCGCCUUCCCCUCCCACUCGGGGUCUUUACCUGCCAGAAAUUGCCAGGCAGGCUGGCUGGUGGGACUGCAUGAGGGCUGCACGUUCAGGCUUAAAAGGUAGCGUGAUUAGAGUGAGGUUUUAAGAUGGAGUCUUGGUAGAUUGACUUAAGAACGAUUUCUUUCUGCUGUGCAGAAUCAUUUAAAAAAUGCUUCCCUUUGGAGAUGGAGUAACAUUUUAUUCUGUGUAUUUUUGUGCCUGCUUCAUCGCUGUUGAUAGCAAUGAAGAGUCCGUGUAAAUCAGCUUUCGAACCAGAAGGAAACCCCAGGGCUCUGCAGCCUUCCUGGCACCUGGGCAGGAGGCACCUGGAGGGAAGGGUCCAUGGGUUGCCAAGGGAGGAGGGCUGGAUCCCUUGGCACCUCUCAUGUUGGCCGCAUGAGGGCAGCAGAGGCACGUGCCUGCCAAGGGCAGCUGCCCAGCGGCCAUUUCCCAGGGGACGCCCCUUCAUGCAGUUGGGCGCCUGUGGGUUGUAAGUGCUGCCAGCCUGGUGGGCUGGAGGGACGCUCAUGACCCUGGGGUGGCAAUCAUCUCCGCUUUUGCUGCCCCUCAUGUGGGGGCCUCAGCCCAGGCCACCUCUAAUCUUCCUUAGGCCUAAGACCUGGGCUUGAUGACCCCACAUUCCCCAUGGCCUCCAGAGACAGUGUCAUUACCCGUUUGCUGAUACACAGUCAUGCUUCUGGAGCCCCAUGUGCCCCAGGCCCUCUUCGUUUGCUUCCCUCCAGAGACGGUAGUGGAGGGAAGGAGGGAGCCGGCUUCCCACAGAGACUCUGGCCCCUGUGCUGGGGGUGCCCUGCUUUCCCCCUACGUGUACUGUGCUCACGAGGCUGUGACCAGUGCUUUACGUGGCUGGCCUCUUCGCAGCCUUUGUGAACCCUGCAGCUGAGCAGGAACAAACCUGCCUGAGGUCCCAGGCUCGAGCUGGCAGAGCCUCCUCUUCUGCGGAGCGCUGACCUUCUGCUUCCGUGGAGCCACACUUCCCUGCUCUUGAGAAGCUGUCUCCGUGACUUCCCUGUGCUUUGUGCUCAGCCCACGCUGUCACUAGCUGGGAGGGUGCCGGAUCCGUCACCAGUGAGUGGUUUCUAAGUCUGGUGGACGUUUCAGGUCCACAUCUUCAGUUCUAACACAGCAGGCCCCUCUGGCUUUUCCUUCGGCCUCCCAGGCCACGGCUGCCUGUGCCAGCUGCUGCUCCUUAUAGGCCACAGGUGCAGGUCCGGACCUCCCUCAGCAGUCUGCAGCCAUGGACGCUGAUCUCUAAGGUGGCGGCCCCUCCUAGCCCUUGCCUCUGACCGGUAGCCCCAAGGCAGUGACCGCCUUCCCCUCUCACCACUGGGUGUUCCUAAGGCCAUCGCUGUACAUUCUCUUCCCUGAGCCUGAUCCCAGUUUACUGCCACUUCACUACCUCUGGCUUGCGAGAUUAACGUAAAUCAGCUCCCAUCUCCAGGUACCACUGCAUUCUGUCAGCAGUGUCCCUCCCAGCCCAUCAUGAGGUAGCCUGAGGGUCCCCACACCCCCUGCAACUAGAGACCGUGUGGGGGGUACAGGCAGGGGUUGCCUAAACCAAGAUUGGAGGUGAAGGUUCACAGGGCUGAGUGCUGGGAUGCGGUGACUGGCAAGGGGGGAGGGAGUCUCUGUGAGGGUACCCAGGCUUCUUGGGGAGGCUUGGUUUUGGACUGUGAUUUUGAUACCAAAAAGGCAGCUGGAUAUUUUAAUUGGAGAUUUCAGACCUGAGAAUGAUGUGUAUCUAGGUGGGAAUUUAGUGACUAUGAAGGCAGAAUGAGAAUAGCAAUUACAAGAUGGGCAGAGAAGGAAAAGGCUGCGAAGAAAGUGGUUCAGUAAGGCGGUGGUGGGGCCGGCUGCCCAGGCCGCUGGGGAAGAGGAGCUCUCUAGGCACCUGUAUUCAGGGGAGGUUUAAGAAGUGGUCUAGAUUUGUGGCAGGCUCAUGGAUGGCCUUUUUCCCCAAGCUGUGGGGCCAAAGCUGACCUUCAGGGGUCCUAGUGAGGGGCGGUGAGGAGAAAUGGCAGUUGCCACAGGGUGACUUUGGACCAGGAGAGGUUUUUUUCUUCUAACAGAAUAGUUGGUAUUUCCAAGCCUGUGAUGUAGCUAGAGAGGUGGGUGUGGGCUAAUUCCACCACCUCAACUCCCCUGAGUACUGUUAUCUGCAUUGGUGAGACCACUGGUAUGUCCAGCCGCAUCUGCAGUACCAAGGCCAGGGAGGGAGGCAGGUGGGGCCCUGGCCUCUUUCUCCCUCACCGUGACCUGGUGCUCCAGUCUUUACCCUUGACCCUAACCCCUGGCCCUGUACCCAGGAGGUAUGGGGUGCAGGCUGAAAGCUCGCCUUGAUCACAGUCCAUGUUGCUGGUGACCAGCUCUUUUUGACCAGAGCCACUGACCUUGGCUUUCCAACUCCUGCUACACAGGCUGAAGUGGGGUAUAGGUGACCUCAGGUCCCUCUGAGUUACAGGGUACAAAUGCAACACAAAGUAUUUUCAAAACAUGUUUUUUAUUUACAUUUGUUUUAAGUCAAUUACAUGCAAGUUUUGUUUUUAAAACAGGAGUAAUUAGCCAAAAAUGCAUUAAAAUUUUAAAAUAGCACUUAAAUAUACAAAAAUAUAGCUUACAAAAAACUGCGAAUGUUUAAAAAUAUUCUGCUGCAGAAUUCUUAGUGUACAAAUACGUCUAUGAAACCUGAGAAUCAGCAUUUCAUAAACUUUUUUUUUUUUUUUUUUUUUUUUUUUGAGGGAGUUAUACAAGAUCUAGUGAAUAAAAUCCAGUGGGCUAAAGAAACUACAGGACCUAAACUAUUCCCUUUGUGGCAAUGGCAUCAAGAAAUGCAGAGACAACAGUAUCAGGAGCACUCUCGGAAGACCAGGCCCUCGCCAGGAGGGACUUCUCUAAUCCUGGCCCCACCUGCUCUCUCUAGCAGGGCCUGUGAGGGAAGGGGCAUAUGGAAGGAUAGUGUGCACCUGGCCCUAGACUUAGGACCACCAGGCUGGUACUGGCACAGGGAGCAGAGAGGAGCUUCCUCAAACUACAGACAGGUCCCUUGGCUGGUGGGGACCACAUUCGAGGUUCAUGUCCCUGAAGCAGUGUGGGUGUUCUCCCUGACCCCAGAGCCACAGGAGUGAGCUCUGGGUUGGUAAGCCAAGGGUGCGAUGCUUGGUCUAAAAAGUGGAAUGAAACUCUUUGCAUCUUACAACAAGUUGGGCUCUGAAGGUGAACAAACUGAAUAAGCCCCGUUUUUCUCCUGCUAUUCUCAAAUGGAAGCACAUUCCAUGGCACGUGGGAUCUUUUGUUCAUCUUAUCUAUGAAAGAACCAUUUCUGGUUUUCAGCUGCAGAUUUUACCAGAACUUAGACAUUGCGAAUUGAGACAUGUUCAUCUCUUUUACUUAAAAUUCAUAAUAGCUUGUGCGGAAGACAUUCUAGCCAGGACGAGAUACUCACUAACAGGUGGCAUUUCACAUACAGUUCCUUUCAAGUUUCAGUUAGGGGCCCAAGUUGCACUUUUAAUCCAAGGGAAGGCAGGAUGCCAGGGAGGUUGGUGAGGACCAAGAGGCAGGAGUCCAUGUCCCUCCCUGCAGAGCUGCCUGGAAGCAGCAGCUCUAUCUUCUACAGGGGCAAAGAUGGACUUAAGACAUUUUUUUUCUUUAAAGGAAAAGAUGACUGAUGGAGUAAUUUCUAUUUUUGAAUGGAGAAAAUUCUGUGGGAAGCAUUUUCUUUUUAAUGUGUGCAUAAAGGUUGGGGUGGGAAAGGGAGCAGAGCACAUGACCUUCAAUAUGGACCCUGAAUGGUGUGUAUCUAUGGUUAAUUUGGAGACUGCCCACCUACCUGCUUAGCAGCAUCUGAGACCUCCCACCCACCCACCCACCCAAAAAAAGGAAGGCUGCCGGAGGCUUUAGUUGCUGCUGCUUCUCACAUCCCCUGCCUCAUAAACACAGGAGCUCACCUAAGAAAUCAUGGCUGUUGUAGCCGGAUAUCACCCCAUCAGAUAGGGUUUGGUGGGGGUGGGGACAGCUUGUCCAGGCCCUGCAAAGACUGCUGGACCAGGACCAGAGAUCUGCACUGCUGCUGUCAGCAAGAGAGUGGAACCUGCUUUUGAGUGUCCCGUCACAGACCAGGAAGACAGUCUAGAAAUUGGUUGUGCUCAUGUACUAUCUGAGCAUGUUUGGUAAGGGCCAUGGAGGGAUUGCUGUUUCUGCUUUGUAUGGAAAACAAGAAUUCCAGUAUGCUGCAAUCAAUAAAAAAUGCCUUAUUCAAAAA